AUGGCCCUGGUUCUGGAGCCCCGUCCCGGGCAGCCAGCUGGUAAGCCACAGGACGACGAAGCUCGUCAGCGGCAGGCGCUCGCAGCGCUAUGUGUCCGAGGCCAAACGGACCAGGUGCUGGAGUUCCUGAAAAGCCCGGAGUCCGUGCACAUCGCCUCUGGCGAGCUGGACGCUGCUGGAGACUCCGCAUUGCACCUGGCAGUUCUGGGGGGACACCUCGUGUUCACGCAGGAGUUGCUGGCGGCCUCCUGUGAGGUGCAUGCCCGCGACCAUCGUGGCCGAUCUCCCUUGCACGUGGCGGCCAUGGAGGGAAGCCCUGAGCUGGCUUUGGAGCUCCUGACCGCCGGGGCCGAUGCCAAUGUCAGGGACGAUUGGAACCAGACAGCCCUCCACUGGGCAUCAACAGCGCAUUCAGCAGAUCUGGUGUCAGUCUUGUUGGAUGGCGGGGCCGAUCCUCUGCUUCGCGAUAGCUUUGGCAGGACAGCCGCUUUCAUGGCCGCAGAGCAGGGCAAGAUGGAACUCUUGGCCCGCUUGCUCGACAAGGCUCCCAGCGCCGUCUCGAUCCCGAACAACGAGUAUUGGACCCCGCUACAUGUGGCAGCUUUCGGGGUGCAAGCCGUAAAGAACUUCACAAAGCCUUUGAAGUUUGCGGAGACCGUCAAGAUGCUGCUGGCUGCGAAGGCGGAAGUUGAUGCCAAGGACGAAAAUUGCCGCACAGCCCUGCACAGAGCUGCCCAAGCAGGAAACAGCGAACAGCUUGUAGCCCUGCUGGCUGCCGGCGCGAGUGUGUCCACUGCAGAUGAGUGCAGGUGGACACCCUUACACUAUGCAAGCCAGGAGGGCCACUUGGGCAUUGCAAAGCUCCUGAUUGAUGCCAAGGCCGAUCCUGAGCCUCGGAGUCCAACAUGCCUGACACCACUCGCAGUGGCAACCGAAGAGAACCAGGCGAAGAUGGUCGAGUUUCUCCUCAAGCAGCGUGCAGAUCCCCAUGCCAGAGCAAAAGGCCUCCAUUCUCCUCUGAUGCUGGCUCGGAGCGACCCGACGAAGUACGCUGACAUACUCGCGCUCCUGGAGCUGGGCUUCAUUCAUCACUAA